AUGGAUCCAAUUAAGUACAUAUUUGAAAAACCCGAUGUCACUGGAAGAACAACUCGUUGGAAAAUGCUAUUAACUAAAUAUCAUAUCCAAUAUGUUACCCAGAAGGCAAUCAAAAGAAGCAUGUUAGCAGAUAAUCUUGCUCACCAACCUUUGGAAGAGUAUCAACCAAUGUCGUUUGACUUCCCUGAUGAGGAUAUAAUGCUUAUAAGAUACUAUGAAAUUCCUGGCCCAGAUGAGGAACUUGAACUAGGGGCUCGAUGGAAACUCACAUUCGAUGGUGCUUCAAAUGCUAAGGUGCAUGGAAUUGGGGUAGUCUUGAUCACUCCAAAUAAUGGUUAUAUUCCUUUCGCUGCAAGAUUAUGCUUCGAUUGUACAAACAAUGUGGCUGAAUAUGAGGCUUGUAUCAUGGGUCUCAAAGCUGAUAUCGACCUAAGGAUCAAAACUCUAGAGGUGUAUAGAGAUUCAAUGCUUGUUAUCUAUCAAGUAAAAGGAAAAUGGGUAACCCGUCACUCAAAUUUGGUUCCUUACCGUAAUUAUGUCUUAGAAUUGAUGAAGAAUUUCAAAGAAAUUGCUUCUCAUCACAUUCCUAGAGAAUAA